UUGACAUAUUUCGAGCCAAUCUGUAACUGGUGAAGUAUUUUAAAGGCCUUUGACAGUCACCCUGUAUAAUCUAAGAGAAUGCCGUCUAAAUCAAAAUCUUCGGAUUUACGAGCAAAGGAUGACGCCUCUACAUACUAAAAAAUAGUACUCAACAAAACAUGUAUUUCCUGUUAAAUGACAGCUUGUCAAAACUUGACAUAUUUUUGAAAAUUUUAUCAUAAAAAUAAUAUGACAAGCUUGCCGGGAAAACGAAAUAACUUAUAAUUUAACCACCAUUGUUUACAUUUAAAUUAUGUACAAUAUAUUAUGCGCUCAACAAACCACGACAAACAUUGAUUUUUCUUCCAAAGGAAACGGCUGAUAGGUUCAAGCUUCCGCAUUUCGCCGCUAAGCAGUGAGGUUUUUUAAAUUAUUGAUUUUCCACUACGCCAGAAGGUCCGUAUAACUCCAUUUCUAAAUACAAACAAAUCGUAAGAAAAUGAGUGAAAACAACUGCAAAAUGAACACGUCUCUUAUGUUCGAAGUGCUUUUAUAUUUAAACUCGUAUUAUUUUGGAUUAUUUGCCGUUUGUGAAUUAGGCAUGAAUUUGGUAAAGUACGUUAAUUUUCCGGACUUGUAUCACUUUGAGACAGAUUUUGGGGUGCUUAUGAGUGUUUGCGGGAUAGAAAUAUUAAGAAUCAUUAUUGCCAGUAGAGGAAAUUUAUCAGAUAAUAAAUGGUUAAUAAUAUUGGCGAUUUUACUGACGAUUCCUUCAGUUGUUGGUGUUGUCUAUUUAAUGUUCCUGCAAGGAGAGGUGCUCAGAUUUGAAUACAUAAUUUGUUCUAUACAAUUAGGUCUUUGUGUGAUAGAAAUAAUUACUGGUAUCCUAUGCUUAUUUUCAUGUUGCAAAGCCCCUGAGUAUUAUUAGUUAAGCUGUAAGAACGAUUAUAAGAAAAAAUAUAUAUAUUCUUAGAA